AUGAUGAUGACUAUCCGUGGCGUAUUGUGUGUGUGUUCGUUCCUUGUGUGGUGUGCCUGUGGGUGUUCUGGGAAUACCGUCCCAGUUGUUGCUCAGGUUUCAGAUAGGGCCAGGACCUGCGAGCCUCCUGAGGAAGGCAAGCCCUGCUCACCUUCCCCGUCCUCUGCUGCGCCUUCAACUGUUGUUGCGCAAGGAGACCAUAAUUGUGAGUCUCCCAAGGUCCUUUGUGUGUCUGCAUCCGCUGGUGAAGAUGGCACCCAAAAUGAGGUUGUUAAUUGUGUGGAUCCUGGAAAGAAUGGUGCGUGCCCGGAGGGACAAAAACCUGCUCCGUCUGUGUCGAAGGGGAGUUCCGUUGCUAAGGUGCAAGGGCAUGUGGAACAGAACUCUGGCGAUUCCAACUACUCGAUAUGCAAGAGCGAGAGUCCUCCCUGUCCAGCGACAGAAGUAAAAGAACAACCCCGGCUCGGUUUGACAGAUGUGAACAGAAAACCUCCUCAAAGUGAUGGCGAGUGUGACAGAGAUAGUGCCAAGUGUCCUGAUGGGAAUCCAGAGUGUGUACUGCCUAACCCUAAAUGUAUAACAGGGAUUCCUCCUACCUUGGGGAGAACUGAACAGGAGGGUGAGGCUGGUCUCGGCACGAGGCUGGACACAAACUCCCGUUCUAGGUCUAGAGGGGAAAAUACUCACACAGGCAGUGAUAUCGACGACGUGGAGGCAAACCCUGAGCACACGGAAGAAGAGGAUCAUUUGAAGAAACAGGCGGCGUCUAAGGAGAAAGAUACAAAAAACGCUCUUCUUGAGAACAAAGAAACACUGAAAGAAUCGAAAACCCAAGGUCUCUCAGCUGGCGGUAAACACGACAAUACGAAUAAUGGCAGGGAUGAACAGACCUCUCAGAGUGUCAGCAGCAAUCUCUCACCUGAGGUUGCCACAAACAAGGAACACACGCAUGACGGCCCACCCGCCAACCACAAUAAGAAAGCCUCUCAGGCCGCUGAGGGUGCACAUGUUGAAAAUGGUUCCUCCACAGUUGAUGUCCCAGUCAAUGCAGGUGAAAACAGUGCUGAAGCAGCGGCAACGCAGGGCUCAUCGGGAUCUGCUUUCACCAAUGCCGAUACCAAUGGUGCCCCAAACGACCAGUCUACACCCGAUGCUACCGCGGCCGAGAACGUGAAGGACACGAAGAAUUCUGACAGCAGCGUCAGUCCUGUGUGUGUGCAUGCACCGCUGCUUCUGCUGGCGUUUCUAGCAGUGGCGGCUGUGUCAUGA